AUGGCGGAUCACAUAGUCAGAGAAUUGGAAGCUGCGGCACAAAUUAUUUUAGCCCCCCCUAAUAUUAUAACGGCUGAGCAGCGUCAGUCGGCAGAGGCUGUUUUUUUAAACUUCCGUAAGACAAAAUCACCGUACCAGUUGUGUCGGAAUAUUUUAGAAACGAGCACUGUCGAUUAUGUGCUGUUUGAGGCAGCUGGACUGGUCAAGGCAGCUCUCGUUAGGGAAUGGAAUUUAUUACCUAGCAGUGAUAUUAUAUCGUUCAGGCAGUAUCUGCUGCAUUACAUCAUUAGUAAACCGACAUUGGCACCCUUCGUCAGGGAGCGGAUACUCCAGGUUAUCGCGAUUAUGGUGAAGAGGGGAAGUAUUGAGGAUAAUGGCGAGGAGAGGAGAGCCAUUCUCAAUGAAGUCGAGGGGAUGGUCAUGAGUGGGGACAUGCAGAGGCAACUUCUUGGUUGUAGCAUGAUAUCAGCCCUAAUGCAGGAGUACGCAUCGACAGUUAAAUCCUCAGACGUUGGGUUAAAAUGGGAAGUGCAUUUCAGCGCCAAAAGACACUUCGAAGUCACAGAUUUAAAACGCAUAUUCAAGUUCAGUAUAAGUGCAUUGUCAGAGUUAACGAAGGAUGGAAUUCCUGAAACAAGUCUGCCACUCGUCAAACACCUGCUCUCCAUUGCUGAGGGGGUCCUCGUUUGGGGCUUCAUCUACGCAAAUUUGCCCAAAAGACUGAUCGGUGUCUUCGAGGCUGUUUACGAGUCAGACAGCAGUCCAGCCCUUCGAAUGGGCCCCAUGUGGCGAGACGUCAUCCUGGAGCCAGUUGUCCUCCAAGUAUUCUUCUCAUUAUACUGGAAAGUCAGAACAAAUCCUCAACUGGCCCAUCACGCCAGGAACUGUCUCGUCCAGCUGGCCAGUCUCAACGGUGCCGUAGUGGCCAUUCACGCAGCCCAAGUCGAGUACCUCACCGACUACCUGAAGGAAUUCCUAAAGCUAGUCUCAAAUAUCGAGAUAAUCGAUCAGGAGGCACUCGGCAUCGCCAACAUGAUUCGCAAGAUCAUCACGUUCUUUCGUCCAGCGUUGACUUCCAUACCCGAGGAGAUACUGAGAUCCUUCAUGGAACAAGUCUCAAGGCUGACUUGCAUAUUCGCCGAAGGAGCUGCCCAGGAGGAGUCCAUGUGCGCCCAGGAUUGCCUGUACAUGGAGGCUUUCGAGAAGAUGCUGGAGACCUGGUCGUCAGUCCUAUCAGAGUCCCAUUUAUUCCCCACUGAAUUCUGCCAGCAGAGUUCAGCUCAGAUAUUCAAUGUCUACCUCAAGUGUCAUCUGUCCUCUCCAGAGGGAACUAGAAACUCAUUGCAACACGAUUUGAACGAGGACAUCGACGACUCCGAGGAAGAUGAUCGAGCUAAAUUCAAGGAGCAGCUGCAGACAAUCGGAAAUUUUGGCAGACAGGUGCCCAGUCACUCGCUCCCAGUGCUCUCUCACCUCCUAGAAAUCAGAACAAGUAAAUUGAGACAAGAAUUGAGUCAAUUAGUCGGUCAACCCAAGUCCCUGAACAUGAAUUCAAACCUCAAAGAAUUGUACGAGGACCUCCACUGGCUAGUUUUGAUAGCUGGACAUGUCCUCUGCAUGGAGUCAGAGGGGGAGAUAGCUCUGAUACCUUCAGAGCUCAUGAGGUACAGCAUCGAGCAGCCCCAGCAGGGACGAGUGGACGUCAACGUGUCCUUGCAGCUGCUGGCAUCACUGGGACACAAUAUCUCGGAGAUCCAGGGGGCCGAGGAGUCGGCAGAUCAUGUGAUUCGCCUCAUCUCCACAGUAUUUCGAUUGUGUGAGAUCGAAAAAACAGCUAUUGGUGCUAACAUUGCUGACACAUUGAGCCCAGAAUUGAGCAGUACAAUCGUCUGGUUCUUGCACAGAUGGUCGUUGAGCUAUUUGCUACCCACCGAGAAUUAUUACUCCGAAAUAAGUCCAACUCUCCUUCAAGCAUUUGGUGACGACAGCCCUGGUGCCCCCUGGAUCGUCAAUUUUUUGAUAGAGAAGGUCGAGUGCAAUGUCAAUACUUUCAAAGGAGAGCAGAAUCUAAUCAAAGAUACGAUGCAGUUGCUAGUCGCUUUAGUCGAGUCACAAUCAAAAGCUUCUUAUAUUCUCAAGUCUGAGAGGUUCGGCAGUCUGAUUGAUUUGGCUACUAAAGUCCAGUAUCAGUUGCCUCAGACCGCGAAACGAGGACUUAUGAGGGCCAUUGUCCAGGCUGGGGCUGCACUCCAGGGUGAUAACAACGAGGGCUACUGGUCCCAGACCCUCCAGCCUCUGCACGACAGGUUCAAGCAGAUUGUCUCGAAUAAUAAUUUCUCGAGGUCGUACCAUCAGGAGGAGGUCAGGGUGCAGAUAAUCGAUGUCCUCGAGUCUUUCAUUGGCGCUGCCCAGGGGGUCCAAGCUUCAACUGUCAAACCAGUCUUUCAUUAUGUUUCUCCAGUGCUGGCGGAACUCGCCAAUGCCCUCGGGCUCUACCACAAUUAUCAGGAGAUGGUCCAGCUGAUUUUGGAAAUGUUCUGCGAGUGCACACGAAGGAUGUUGUGUUAUCUUCCUGAACCUCAGAGCAUUAGAGUGUAUGAGGCGUGUUUGCAGACUAUUCAGACUUAUGCGAGGUGCAAUACCAAUCGUUUGACUGUGGACGUCACCAAGGAGGAGGACACCUUUCAGGAUAUUCUGUUACUCAUGCAGUUACUGACCAAUUUGCUGAGUAAGGAUAUUUUGGAUUUGAGUCAUUCGGAGGGCUUCCCCGGGCAGGAGCAACAGCAGCAACAGCAGCCAGUCACACCUGCUGAUGUUUUUCUUUUUGGACUUAAUAUUGUCAUGCCCAUGAUGACUAUUGAACUUCUCAAGUUUCCAUCACUUUGUCACCAGUAUUUUAAAAUGAUUACAUUUGUCUGUGAGAUAUAUCCAAAGAAAGUUUGUGAACUUCCCCCCGAGUUACUCCAACAAUUAAUGGCUUCAGUUGAGCUAGGGCUCUUCUCGUUUGGCCAUCAAAUAACAGUAUUGUGCUGCGAUAUUAUUCAAGUCAUGGCGAAACAUAUUUAUACUGAAGCUGAGAAGGGGCAGCCGAAAAAUCAGCUAAUGGCGCCUUUUAUGAAUCUACUGAUGAAUCUCAUCCUAUCGAACCAAAUAAAUUCCGAUUUAGUAUCGAAUACCAGCAUACCCCUGUACUUCCUGAUCUGCUGUUAUCAGGAGCAAUAUCAGGCACUUGUGCAAAAUUUCUUGGCAGCUCAGCCGGACCCAGAGGUUGCCCAGAGACUGGCAGCAGCAUUCAACAAUCUCACUGCAAACAUUCAACUGAACACAGAGCGAAUUCACAAACUCAAGUUUAGAGAUAAUUUCGACAAUUUUGUUGUGACUGUUCAGGGUUUUAUGCUGGUCAAGUAGAAAUCAAUUUACGUUAUUUACUUAUAAAAUACUCUUAACGCAAUAUUUUCCAGUUUGACCCUCACGUUUAUCCAGUCAACAUUUUUCUUUUUGUAUUCCUUUUGCAUUUCUACGAACGAGAAUUGACGACAGAAGCCAGGGAAUUUGCUAAAUUCGAGGGAGAGAAUUUUUACGUGAUUGAUGAUACACCUGAUGUAUAUGUGUGUGUACAUACAGAUAUAAAUAGAAAUUGGUUUUACUGAGACUGCUCGGGGGGGAACUUAAUCACAUAGAAUGAGUGACGAUAAUGUAAUUAUGUAAGAAAGGAGUAAGUCGAUUGUUUCAGACUUAUUAUUUUAUUUCUUCACGAGAAUAACGAAAUUGCCAAGAUAAAUGCAACUUUACAUGUACAUACAUCUCGUUCUAUAUGUUUACUUAUACUAUAAGUAGAGUAAGUCAACGUCAUAAAUAAAUAAGAAAUAGAUAAUGACAAUUUUAUUGAAAGUUUUACUCUACGAUCCACAUUUAAAUACUAAUUAUUAUAAACUCAAAGUGUAUUGUCUUUGUUCGUGAAUAAGAAUGAUUUUGAAAAAUCAAAUAUUUUUUAAAAUGAUAGAUUUUAUUAUUACAACCAGCGUGAAAUUGUUUUCACAUGGGAUACGUUGAUAUGUGGGGCUUUAUUUAUUCGUUAAAAAUGCUCCAAGUGUGAAUUAUUUCAAAAGUUUUUCAUCCACUUAUUUUUCAUCUCGUCUAUAUGUAUAAUAAUAUAUAAAUUGUAUACACCCUCAUUAAAAAUUAUUUGCUUGAUUCACACAUGCAAUACGUUCAAGUA